AUGGCGACGAUCACAACUAUAUCAACCUCCUUCUACAAAUACCACGACCACUCCUCUUCAAGAUCUCUUUUACCAAUCUCUAAACUUCAUUUGCCCUUAAACCCUCCGAAACCCUCCUACAUCCGUUGCCGUAACAAACACGGUACUCUCUUCUGCUCAGCAACUCUCAACUCAGCCGCUGACAAUAACAUCCACCGACAUGACCCCAAGAAACAGCGUAAGGGCACUGAUAUCCUCCUUGAAGCCCUUGAACGUCAAGGCAUCGAAACCGUCUUCACAUACCGUGGAUGCGUAUCCACGGAGAUCCACCUCGCGCUCAAGCGCUCCUCUUCUAUCCGUCACAUCCUUUCCCGUAACGAAAAGAGUGCACUCUUUGCUGCUGAGGGUUACGCUCGUUCCUCUGGCAAAACGGGAGUGUGUAUUAUAACCGCCUCCGACAAAGUAGCUAAUUGUCUAGCUGACACAUGCGUCCCUCUUGUGGCUAUAAUAACCAGCAAAAGCCCUAGCGUCCGUAAGGACGAGAUUAUGACCAUCAAAGACCCUUGGGUCCGUAAGGACGAGACGCCAAUGGAUUUAAUGAUGAAACAUAGAUAUGUAGUGAUGGAUGCAAAUGAUAUUCCUAAGAUCAUCAAAGAAGCUUUCGUUUUAGCUACUUCUGGUCGUCCGGGACUAGUUUUGAUUGAUUUUCCUGAAGAUAUUCAGACAUAUUAUGCUGUUCCCAUCUGGGAGUCUUACUGGGAGCAGACUAUUAGGUUGAUAAAGGAGUCUAAAAAACCUAUGUUGUAUGUUGGAGAUGGCUGUCUGAAUUCCAUCGAUGAAUUGAAUAGAUUUGUUCAACUUACUGGAAUCCCUGUCACGAGUGCAAUGAUGGGGCUUGGAUCUUACCCUUCCAACGAUGAGUUCUCGUUGCAAACAUUUGGAAUGCAAAGGACAGUGUACGCAAAUCACGCUUUGAAAACAUGCGAUCUUUUGCUAGCUUUUGGGGUUGGUUCAGACGAGCCUUUACCUAGCGAUGCUAAAAUUGUUCAUAUCGACAUUGACGCAUUACCAGACACGGGGAGACCUCUUAUACCAGUUCCUGUUGAUGUCAAGAGUGCUUUGCAAGAGAUGAACAAGAUUCUUGAGAAACAAGCCGAUGAGCUCAAGCUUGAUUUUAAUCUCUGGAGGGUUGAGUUGGAACAGUUUAAGCAACAAACACCGUUGGCUUUCAAGGCGCCAGAAGUGGCCAUCCCUCCACAGUAUGUGAUUCAAGUCCUUAACGAGCUAACAGAUGGGAACGCCUUUAUAAGCACCGGUGUUGGGCAACAACAGAUGUGGGCUGCUCAGUAUUAUAACUGUAAGAAACCCAUGCACUGGCUAGCAUCAAGAGGCUUCGAAGCAAUGGGUUUUGGUCUCUCUGCUGCCAUUGGAGCGUCUGUUGCAAACCCUAGUGAGGUUGUUGUGUAUAUUGACGGAGGCAGGAGCUUCCUAAAGAAUGUGCCAGACUUGACUACUAUUGGGAUAGAGAAUCUUCCUGUUAAGAUGCUUAUACUAAACGACAAGAACCUUGGUGUGAAGGCGACAUUAAUACCAAGUAUGCUCAAGCUUGCAGAAGUUUGUAAGAUUCCGGGGAGGAGUGUGUCGAGGAGAGAAGAAGUCCGAGAGGCUAUACAGACAAUGCUGGACACACCUGGUCCAUAUAUGUUGGAUCUGAUAGUUCCACGUGAGAGAGAGAGUGCAUGA